AUGCGAGCAGCUGGCGGCGGGCAUUCGGCCCGACGCCUUCACAUUUUUUCAAGCGGUUCACCGCUUCUGCUCUCCACGAUUCUUCUCUUCAUCCUCUUCGGUUGUUCUUUUCAUGUUUCCCCCAGUUUAACCCCUUUUUUCAGUUAUGCCGGUCGCCGCUAUUUCGAAGAACUUUGUCAACGUCUCGAUGCCCGAAAUGAGACCGACCUUCGUCGUUAACUUUGACACUGCCACUGUUAUUUGCCAGCAUAGGUUUUCACCGUUCCUUUUUUUACCAAUUCAGAAAUCCUCAACAAAAGAAAAAGUAUUAGAAAGGUCCCUGAAAACGCGAAGCGCCAGUUUAAAAGAAAAAGAAAGAGAUGCCUCGAAUAAGAGAACAUCAUUCGAAAAGAAUAACUUCCCUAGCUUGGGGGAACCUGUGAAUGAUUGUCAUGAAGAAUUUCGCAGCGCGGAUCCGAGUGAUCUCCACAUCCACAACAUGAGCUCGCUCUGCGACGGCAAUCAGGACUGCUACCACAACCCCGCGAUGCACGACGAGAGCUUCCCAUACUGCGGUAAGACCUCCAACCGUUACCCUUGACAAGUUUUGAUCAGAGCGCAAAUGCGACUCGACGUGUGGUGGCAAGGGAGCCUGUCUCUACGACGGCAACCGUGCGAUGUGCUACUGCGACUCCGGCUUCUCUGGUCCUUCCUGCGAAGUCCAAGACGCCAACGAGUGUCUGGAACGGCCGUGUCACCUGAUGGCUCACUGCCAGAACACCAUGGGCUCCUAUGAAUGUCGCUGUUUGUCGGGAUUCUCCGGCGACGGUCACAGCUGCGUCGACGUCGACGAGUGCGUCGAUUCCAAGUGUCCGGACCACGCCGAGUGCAUCAACCUCCCGGGAACUUUUUUCUGCAACUGUACUCAAGGAUUCUCGCCCAAGGUAUCAACAGAAGAUUUGGAGUAGAAAAUUCUAACUAAACUAUUUGGCUUCGUGAUUUUUUUUUUGUUUAUGAUGAUGAUAAUUUUUGAAUAACGUCCUCACAUCUUCAUAUGCUUGAAGAAACAACGAACUUGAAGAGUUCAGGGUCAACCAUUGGAACGUUGCGCCGACAUCAACGAAUGCGAUCUGAAACUGCAUGAUUGCAAGCCUCACCAAAUCUGCGAGAAUACGGUAAUCCCAGGACCUGGUUCUUAUUUUCAUUCGAAAAAUUUUUGGCUCAACAUGGUGGUAUGAAGUACUAAGGAAAAAUUCGUUUUUUUAUGGAUAUAUAAAUACUUUAACAUAUUGAAAAAAAUUUUUAACUGAUAAGAAGUUAUCAAAUAUAGAUAGAAAAUGGGCCUACGUAAUGGUUUUUUACAGAAUGAAAUAAUUUUUUCGAAAAUAAUGUUUAGUAAUCAUUGACCUGGAAAAUGUUUCAUUUUUUUGUGUCAAAUCAAUUUUCCAGUUGGGCUCCUUUAAAUGCGUGGACAGCUGUUCGGUGGGCUACGAGUCCAACGACGACCGAGAUUCAGAAGCGGUCGGAGGCUGCGUUGACGUCGACGAAUGCUCUCGCGGCACCCAUUCCUGUGAUCCUCGCGCCGACUGCACCAACACUGUCGGUGGCUACACCUGCGAGUGCGACGAGGGCUUCACCGGCGACGGCAAAAACUGCCAGCGUUCGUCUUUCUUUCCUUUUUGAUUUUUUGUCAGCCAAAUGGUUUCGUUUGGUAGAAUUUUCUUUCAGCGGUCACGGAUUGCAACCUGAACGGAGACAUCUGCGAUAGACACGCCCAUUGCCUGCCUGGCAUGAACAUGUGUCUCUGCAACGCCGGAUACGUCGGCGACGGCAUCACUUGCCACGGUAGAGAAUCCUCAAGUAUCCUUCCUCAAACUCCAAUGUAGACGUGAACGAAUGCGAAGCGAACGUCAACACGUGCAGCUCCGAAGCCCGUUGCGUCAACAUCGAAGGCGGCUACAUUUGCUGCGGCGCUGAAACCGACGACGAUCGCUGCAUCGAACGUCUGUUCACGACUGUUCUGCGAACUCUGAAGUCCUUCGGUUUCAGAGCAGGGCGCUUUCUGCAGUGGCGGCUGCGGACUCAACGCGCUCUGUCUCAACUCGUCUUGUGCCUGUAUCGAUGGCUUCUCCGGCGAUCCUCGUCGUAAAUGUCUCGGUUAGUCUAUCAUCUCCGUUAUUUCGGUUUUUUCGAAGAGUUCAAUAAGCCUCCCUUAAAAAUACAGAAUCUGAUCAAGGUUAUAAAAAAGCAAGUCAGACUAAGUAUCAAUUUCGUAAAAAAAAGCGUUAUCUGAUUUCUUCACGCCAAAACUCUAGGAAUAACUGAAACUGGAUUCAUUCCAUAAAUACUAUAUUUCGCACUGUAUCUGAUCAUAAAUCAUUUUUGAUUUUAUCUUCUUCUUUAUACCUCCAAUAAUCAGCAUUACUCUUUUCUUUUUUCUUUUUCCUUUUUUUUCGUUUUAGUCUUCUUUUUCUCUUCUUCUUUUCAUCGCACCUGAGUUUUAUGUCUAGAAAAUUUUGAAGAUUGCUGAAGGAAGUCUACUAAGCCGUCAAUCUUCAAGGCCCGAAACGGCAGCGCGUUAAUUCAUGAAAUGUUCAUCCUCUUUCUACUCAGAUUUUAUUCAUCAAAAUUAAUUAAAUUUCAAAAACCAAUGUUCUCUUUGAGUUUGAGAUCAAAGUUGGUUAAGAUGUGAACGAGUGCGAAGACGAGAAGAAGUGCGGAGGCGUCGGCGAAUGGUGCGUCAACCUGUCCGGCGGAUUCACUUGCUGCAACGCGGAUAGUAAAAACCCAGAAUGCCUGGUACCUUUUUGUCGUCUUUUGCUCAUCCAUCGAAUUUCCCCCAGGUUCUCAAGUCGACGGACGUGGCGGCGCAACAGAAGCUGUCUUCCGAAGCGGCGGUCACGCAUUCGUCUGUUCUUUCGGCGUUGGGCGGCGAGUUGAUCGAAGGCUCCGGCCAGUCGCACACCUCUUCCGGAGGCUCGGUUGCCGUUGCGCGAGGCACUUUCACGCCUUCUGUCCAACUCAUUUCUUCUACUCGUUAGUUUUCUGACAAGUUUUUUUUUUUGAAUUUUCUCUCCUUCUAACGUUUUCCAGCGUUUUGGUCUUCCUGCUAAAAAUUCUCAAAAAUACUAAAAAUACUGGAAAUUCUGAGAUAUUGUUCUUGAAACCAACAACGCGUAAACAGUCGGCGUCUCUCGAUACAGCUUCAAAAAUUGUUUGAGCAGCUUUUCAAAAUAUUUCAAACUGUUUAGUAAAAUCCUCGUUAGAUUCUUUUGACUUUGGAUUCACUCAACUCUUGACAGACUUUUCAAGCUGUUUUGCAAUUUAUGAACCAAACUUUACCGGAAAUCUCGUCAAUCAGGCUGUGAUCCUACAAAAAUACAGCUCAAAUUCAGAGUACGGCGAUUUCCAGGUCUUAUGAUGUUGAAACAUAUUCGAUCUCGAUAUGCAUUUUUAUGUCGCAAGUUUUAAGAAUCGAGUGUAUGAAAAAUGAAUCGCUGCAGUAAUUUGGACCAACUCGGUGAAAAAAAUCAAUAUAAUUCGAAAGUUUAGUUGCAAUAAUGGCGUUUAUUUCGACUUUCAGGGUUGCCAUGCACUUCUUACUGCCCGGCCAACUCAGACUGCGUGAAAGGCUUCUGCGAGUGCUCGAAAGGAUACGGAGGGAACGCCUAUUCCGGCUGCGAAGGUUCGUCUCCGCUGCAUUUCCCUUCAUUUGAAAUCUCUUUGUACUCGACUGAUUGAAGAUGUGGACGAAUGUCUGACCGGAAAGCAGUGUAAGGAAGAGGCCGGCGAAUGGUGCGUCAACCUCGUCGGAAGCUUCGUUUGCUGCUCCAUGGACAACGCCACUCAUGAAGACUGCAUCGGUCAGUUCUCAGAGGAGUCAUUUUACUCUUCAACACGAUUUUUCAGAAGUUUUUCACAACUAUCUUAUAAUCUUUAAGUUUUCAAUGUGGCUGUGAACUUUUUAGAUUCCUUUACCAUCCGAGACUCUAGAAAUUCGUAUACAGUACGUUUCAAUGUUCAGGCUUGAACAUAGCUAGAGUCGAAAUCAGCCAAAAGGCCUAUUAACUUGACUAAUAUAACGAACUUUUGUUUAUCAAUUCAUAUUCCAAUGAAAAACUUUAAAUUUGUUUUAACGCGACUAUAUUAUCUAUAAAAGAUUUAUGGGAGCCUGAUUGAACAUCAGAGGAUAUUUUUGAAUGGUUUUUCGAGUACAAUGUAUGUCUUAAUCACAAUAUCCUUUACAGUAUGACUUUUCCUCCUCAAUUUUUAAUCAAACGUUUUCUCCUUGUAGGAAAGCAAUCAGUUCAGGCUUGGAAAUAACUCGCGGAAACGGAUUGCGACUGAUUGGCGGCGUGGAGGAAGGCGCGAUCGUCGCGGCCUCGGCCAACCGCUCAUCUGGAGACGAACUCAUCACGGAGAUCGUGCAGCAGAGCCGCAACUUCUCCUCUGGCCAGAUCAUCGUCGCCCGCAGCAAAGUCUCAAGUGGAGAGGCUCUCCUUCAGACGACGCCUUCUGAUGAGUUCGGACUCGAAAUCGUGGCUGAUCGCGUCACGGCCACGCCUUCAAGUCACACCACCACUGACUCGUCGGUUUGUUAAAGUUUACAUUCAACCAAAAACUGAGAAAGUUGAUUCAGGACGCUGAUAUGCUACAACCGGAAGGCUCUGGCAGCGAGUCUGGAGUGACUGGAGCAUCUCCGUCUGCGAAUAGCACACUUUUGGUCAGAUUCACAACUCUCGAAAACGCCGCUGGCAAUUCGACUUUUUCUUCAACCGCUUCUUCAAUUCUCAUUGAAUCGCACUCUUCUGGCAAUAAUUCGCGAGUUGCCGAGUUCGAAUCUAAAGGCGGAAGGUCAUCUUCUUCGGAAGGUGGAAUCAUCUUGAUCGGAGACGGAAAACACAAAAAAGAGGAGCCUGACAGUGGCGAGGACAGCAACGAGGUUGGACUCGAAAUCGUCUGGACCAACUCUUCCGAAAUCGUCGGCAACACUAAUGGAACAGUCGAUACCGAUAAGGUCUCUUAAUUUCACGAAUAUUGUUAUUUAUAAUGAAAUCAAAACUCGAAAUUUUUUUCUAUGAUUAGAAUUCCGAUGCCAAAACCUUCAUUAAGAAAUAUUUAGUUUUAAUGGUUUUCGAAGUAUGAACGGACGAUAAUCGUUAUUUCAUUUCUACUGCGUUUAGGUUGGUUUGGAAGUCUCUGGAGAAAGCCUGAGUAGUACGACAACGACGACGGAACUUCCUUUGAUCCUGACGGCGGACAAGACGACAACUGUCGUGACUGGGAGAAUCAUCGGAAUUGAGGAAACGAGUACAGCGGCCACUUCGACUCCUCUGUCCAACGGUUGAACUCCUCCAAAAUCAGAUUAAAUCAAUUAUCAAUGUUUCAGCAACUAUCGGUUCAACUCAAACGACGCCGACAGUAGACGUAGAAGAGUGGGAAUCUCUGACAAAGAACGCCAGCAAAGGAAUCUUGACGUCGACGGAGCAAACGACGCCAGCGAUCGCCAAUGCUUCAAUCGUCCCUCCGGAAUCGUCGUCUUCUCCCACAUUCAAACCUAACGAGACAACUGACGGCUUCACCCCAAUUCUGCACUCCAAUCAAACGUUUUCGGGAUCAUCGACGCUUCCGAGUGCCCUCACUACAUCGGCACCGGAAAAUGAAACCGGCCCCGGCACCGUUUCAUUCACAGAAGGUCCUCCUGAAACGUCUUCGGAGGCAACGUCGACAGAAAAAGUUUUGUCUACGUCAGUCACAAAGACUUCAGAAACAUCAGAAACACCAACGACGCCUGUUCCAAAUUUGGAAUCGACGUCAACUUCGAGCUUAUCUACCACCAGUGAAGUUGCGCCUAUCAGCUCUUCUCCAGCCAGCAUCGGAAGUUCAUCAUUGCCUCCCAGUUCUACAACUACAACAGAGUCUCUCGCUUCUUCUUCGGAGACUAGCAUUUUGCCAACUGCGGCCACUGAAGCGAGCGGACUCUCAUCAGAAAGCGAGUCGACCUCAACAUCAAUCGGAGAAACUGAAUCGACGACCUCAUAUUUGUCUACCCUACCCUCAGAGUCUUCUUUGUCCUCUUCAUCGACCACUGUCGCUUUUGAAAAAACUACUAAGUCUGAUACUUUAUCGGAAUCUACAACAGUGACGCCAUCUGAGCUAUCCACAUCAUCAACGUCUGAAGGUUUGGAAUCGUCGGAACCAACAACAUCUUCUGCCUCAACGACCCGGUCGCUUCCAACAGAAUCAAGAAGCCCCUCUGUUCCUGCGUCUUCCACGACUCCACUGCCGAAGUCCGUUUCUUCUCCAAAAACCAUCACUUCAGAAGGGGAAGGUCUUCCUUUGGUUCGUACGACGUCUCCGAAUGAAACAGAAGCUGAAAAGAAAGAAGAAGUAACAUCCACGACCCUCUCGAGCAGCACGUCAUCUGUAGCAUCUUCCACAUCGCAACCGGAAAUAGAUGAAAUAGAAGGGUCUUCGGAAGUUAUUUCUCCUGCUGAACCUACAGAAACAACGCUCCUCUUGUCGACAUCUUCGCUUACGACGUCCGCUACUCUGCUGCCUGAAACAACAGAGUCGUCUUUUUCCGGCUCAUCAACCAUGACAGUGAAAAUAACUCCAGAGUCAACGACCAGUAGUACUUUGGAGCAUUCAACUGAAAAACAAAAAGAAAUCACUUCCACCACGCUUCCGACAAGCUUAUUCCCAGAUCUUGGAGAAACAACUGCAAAAAAAGUCGGUGACAGGGAACAAGUCACCGAAACGCCAACGACAUCAGCCAAGCCAGAACCGACAGAAGAAGGACCAACGACUGUGACGAGGCUUCCUUCGAAGGCUCCGACGGCCGUUCCACAAGAGCCGACCAAGGACACGUUCAGCCUUGCCACGACGUCCACAGCCGCUCCCAGCAAUGUCUCUUUGGUGUAAGAGUAUUUGUCUUGUUUUCGAUCUCAUCGGACAAUUUGAAGCGAGAAGACCAAGUGCACGAGCAGCGACGAAUGUGGGAAGGACUCUUUGUGCGAGAGACGGACUGGCGUCUGUCGCUGUCUUCCGGGCUUCGAAGGCACUCCUCCACACACUCCCUGCGCUGGUCAGCUUCUUUUUGAAGUCCAAUCCUUUGGAAAAGAAAAUUAGAGCAGUCAUUCCGUUUUUUUUGGACCGCGAAAUUUAUAUUUUGGCGUCGGUAUACAUUAGCGCUUUCAUUCAAUUUGAAAUAUUGAUCAAAAAACAAAAUGGGAAAUUUUUCGUGUUGCAGACUCAACUAGGAAAACUGAUUAAAUUUUCCCUGAUUUACUCUUAUUACCAGAUCAGUUUGCAGUUUUUGAAGUAAGAGUACAAUCGAUCGAUCAAUGGAUGAUGGCUCCGAAAUUUCAAAAAGAAAACUUCCUUUUUUUGACUUGUAAAUCACUCGAAUCGAAAUCAAUCGCGCAAGAAAAAGUUCGAAAAAUAUGUUAUUUUUAAUUUGUAAUUAGAAAAAUUCGUUCUUUUAGAAAAAUCCAAUGUAAAGUUUUUCACAAAACUAUUCCUAUUCUUGAUCUAUUCAUAAAAAUUAAGGCUCCUUUUUUCAAAGAAAUUUCUGAAAAAAGGGAAGUUUUAGACGUGGACGAAUGUGCCAGAGGACUUCACAAAUGCCACGAAUCCAGCCGCUGUCACAACUACGUCGGAGGCUACACGUGCUUCUGUCCGGUGGGCUUCCGCAAGAACGAGUACGGCAUCUGCGAAGACGUCAACGAAUGCGAGGAGUGGCACUCGACGUGCUGCGGAAGCAACAGCACCUGCGUCAACAGUCCGGGCUCCUACUCGUGCUCUUGCAACCAAGGUCGGUCUUUCUUCUCGACUGGAGAUGAGGAAGACGUUCAGGAUUCAUCGGAGACGGCUACCACUGCGUGCCGAACCGCAUGACGCCGUGCAACGCCGAAGAGCAGAUCCGAGCCGACUGCUCCAGCAACCGCAUGUGCAUGGUGAACGGAGACGGCUCUUUCGACUGUUCGACCUGCCUCACUGGCUUCGAACUCGUCGAAGCCGAGUGCAAAGGUGACUUUUGAGGAAAAAAAAGUUUUGAGAUACUCCAAAAAGCGAAAAAAAAGCUGAAGUUUAUUUCAAACGGCGACAGAAAUAAAGUUGAAAAGUUUAUUGAAAACGAGGAACUUUUUGCUUGGGUUUGUAUUCACGAAUUUUUACUCACUUUAAUUUCUUUUUUGAGUUUGUGGACUGCAAGUGGCGAAUAGAAUUAGAAAUAUAAUGAUUUAAACUUCCCCUCACUUUUAGGUUGCGUUAUUCUCGAGGCCGAUGGCUUCCUAUGACAAUUCAAAAUUUAAACAUUGAUUCAAAAAAAGUUAUUAUCAGAUAUCAACGAGUGCGACUCGAGUCACAUGUGCCACUCGAAAGCAGUUUGCUCCAACCUCAACGGAAGCUAUUCCUGCGCCUGCGUCGAGGGUUUCCGCGGCGACGGCUUCAUGUGUGAAGACGUGGACGAGUGCGAACGACGACCUUGCCAUCCCAACGCCGAAUGCACCAACUCUGAAGGCUCCUUCGCCUGCAAAUGCGCCGAGGGGUUCACCGGCGACGGCGUCAAGGAGUGCAUGAACCCACUGGAGAAAAGCUGCGAAGACGUCGAGAAGUUCUGUGGAAGGACGACCAACGUCGUCUGUCUCUCCGUCAGAAUCUACAACGACUCAUUGACUUCUGUCUGUGAGUGUGACCCCAACUACAGGUUCGACGAAAAGACUCGUCAAUGUGUCGGUAAGACUUUCAAAAUGAAUUUGUGAAAAAUUGAUGAGAUCAGACAUUGACGAAUGCAUGGAGGACCGCCACAACUGCGAUCCAGCCUCCUCGGUUUGCGUGAACGAAGACGGCGGCUUCCGCUGCGACUGCGCUGAAGGCUACGAGGGCAAAGGGGGAAUGUGUGUCGGUAAGUUCCAAGUCGCUGAGGAAUACUCGACCAUCAAAAAAUCAGAAUCGUUUUUUUGGAGGGUUAUUAUAGUUUUGAACAUUUGUAUAAGUUGUGCUUGGCCAGACAUCGACGAGUGCGGCCGAGGAAUGGCUGGAUGCGACUCGAUGGCCACCUGCAUCAAUCGGAUGGGGAGCUGCGGCUGCAAAUGCAUGGCCGGCUACACUGGCGACGGAACUCAGUGCUUCGGUAAACGAGGAUCUUCUUCUGCUCUCCAGAGACCUCUUUCAGAAAUGAAGAAGCCAGAGACGUCGACGCGCUGCACGGAAGAGUGGGAGCGACUUUGCGAGGUCGAGAACAAAGGCUGCCACGUCGACGAGGAAGACGUGCCUCAGUGUGGCGCAUGUCUCGCCGGCCACCAACCUGUCAACGGCACCUGCCAGCGUCAGUCAACUUUUUUCUUUUUGUUAUAAAGAAAAUGAUUUUUCAUUUCAAUCAAAUAUGGGUGAUGAAAAUGUUUAACAGGAAAAGUAAUUUUUCUCUGAAAUGUGUCGUUUGCUAGAAAAUAGCCGAAAGGUUCCAUGUCGGAGGUCUUAGAAGUUUCAAAAAGACUAACUUUUCUUUGGUUCUCUAUCACCACGCCACAGAUCUGUAUGUGAGCGAACAAUAAACAUUUAAAGUCCAAUGAAACCAUCAAAAGCAGGCUAAAAGCGAAAUUUUACGGCUUCGAGCCAUAAUUUUCUUAUGACUUAUCAAAGAGUGCCUUUUUUUCCAGAAAGUCAAACAGUUUUAAAACAAGAAAAUGACCUUUCUUGUAGGGCUGUCCAGUGCUAUCUUGAAUGAAUAAAAGCAUGUAGAAGUUCUAGUUUUAUUCCAAUUAUGUUUUUUUUCUUAUUGAGUAAAGUUUUGUACAGUGUCAAAAAUUUUUUACACCAAAAUUGUGGAUUUUGUAUCCAAUCAGUUUUUUUUUUCAGCGGUACAAGGAGUCGGACUUUGCAAAGAGAAGAACGACUGCGACGUGCACGCCGACUGCAUCGACGUCCAUCCGGGAUCCCACUUCUGCGUCUGCUCGCCAGGAUUCAUCGGUGACGGCAAAAUCUGCGACGGUAUUCUGAAUCUUCUCACAAAUCUUCAUUUUAUCCAGAUAUUGACGAGUGCUCACUGCACGGAAUGUGUGACGAAAACGCCGUCUGCAAGAAUUCUAUGGGCGCCUUCGAAUGCGUCUGCAAAGACGGCUUCCGAAGGGAGGGACGUGUUUGUGUGGCUCAGCCUGGUACCUUUUAUUUUGACUUUUGCUAUCUUUUGUCCAAGAAUCGCCGUGAAGUUAGAUCUGUAAGAAUUUUGACCCUGAGAAGUGAACGAAUAUGUAUUCUUUUUUGAUAAAAGUCUAUAAACUGAAAAACUGUGAAAUAUGAUUUCCCAAGCAUUUUUCAGCGACUUCUACGAAGCCACCGCAAGAUAGAAACGAAGUAACGAUUGAUGGCGAUGAGUCUGGCGAAGAUCUCAACAAAAACGCCGCUCUCACGUCUACCGCCUCUUCUUCGUCUACGACAACAACGACAACUACGAAGUCUCCUGUUCCACCGAAGUCUUCUUUGACGACGUUUUCCUCUUCGCCGACGUCUCCUUCUUCGUCGACGCCUUCCUCAUCUCCGACGUCUCCUUCUUCGCCGACGUCUUCCUCUUCUCCGACGUCUCCUUCUUCGCUGACGUCUUCCUCAUCUCCGACGUCUCCUUCUUCACCGACGUCUUCCUCAUCUCCGACGUCUCCUUCUUUGCCGACGUCUUCCUCUUCUCCGACGUCUUCUUCUUCGUCGACGUCCCCUUCUUCGCCGAUGUCUUCCUCUUCACCGACGUCUCCCUCUUCUCCGGCGUCUCCUUCAUCAUCGACGUCUCCCUCUUCUCCGGCGUCUUCCUCUUCACCGACAUCGUCAACCACCGGUACGACUUCACUUAAAUCCAGCAACCCACAAACCGCACGUUCAGCAACGAAUAAUUCGUUCACGAGCACUCAAAAAGCACGAGUUUCUCCGUCUAACACCCCGAAUGAGAGUGCAGUGUUUACUACAACUUCACCACUAAUCACAAACUCACCAAGAAUCUUUUCGACGUCGCCGACCGCCGUGACCAGUACGAAAGAUGUGAAUUCAACAGCGGAAAACGUCUCCAAAGUAAGUUCUAGUAAAGAUCACACUGAAGUAUCCGGAGAAACAUUUCAAACAUCGACUUCUCUUCCAUCAGACCGAACCCAAGGCUCGGAGGCUCUGAAAACAACUAAUUCCUUUGAAACGUCGUCUUCUGAUCUAAUCACGGAAGCUUUGGAAAGUUCUAUCGGAUCCUCAAAAUUAUUCUCCAGUACUACCUCGGAAACUGUUGGCUCUUCAACAACUCUCACUGCUGUCGAAACAUCUACUAAUUCUCAAAACGAAGUUACCUCAAUAUCAUCGAGCCAAUCGGGUCCAUCUGUGAAAACGGAGAACCCUGUUGAGGUCAAAGUCUCGACGUCAUCUUCGUUGGAAACGUCUUCCACCUCUUCUUCAAUUUCAGUUUCACAAAAGACUUUUGGAACGACGUUAAGGAUGACUUCAGAAGGAGAACGAGAGAACCUAGGCACGACUUCUCUCGAAACCACUCAAAAAGCUCCGAUCGCGACUUCAGGAACAACCAAAAGCUCUUUUGUUCCAGAAUCGAGUGUUUCUUCUGA